AAAAACACAACUUAGGCUACGACCACCAGGUCCUCAAUAAUUUUAAGUUACAGUUUUUUUUUUUUUUUUGCAGUUUAUGUUUCUCAUCAAGCAGCAGGAGCGAGCAUGCCUAAGCCCCGCCUCCUCUCCUUAACUUGUUAAGUGCGCAGGAGUGCACGCGCCUAUCAGAUCACUCGCGAGCGUAGCAGAAAUGACUGGACUGUACAAUCAAAGAAUGGACGCAAACGUCGUCGUACUUGGCACAGAUAAUGUUGGAAAAUCUGAUUCAUCGGGGAAUAUGGAGAUACAGGUAUUUGUCCUUUCGACCAAUUUAUCAGUUUUAAACUUUGGUAAUUUUUGUAAACAACAUGUUUCUUUGUCUUGUCCAGAGUCCCUUUACACUCACAAUGUUGUUGUAGAUGGACGAGAUCAAACUCUGAAUAUUUGGGAUGCACCAUAUUCCCAGCAGGAUCUGUCCCCUGAGUCCCUCACUGAGAAAAGAGUCCAGUGGGCAGAUGGCUUUGUGCUGGUCUACAGUAUCUGUGAUCGAGCCAGUUUCAAUGCUGUCCCCAGACUUAUUCAAACCAUUAAACGCAAUAAGGACAUUCUUGGCUAUGAGAAGAUACCCAUUGUUAUCGUAGGAAACAAAAGGGAUCUGCAUCAUCGUCGUACGGUCCUCAGCGAGGAGGGGAGGCUGCUGGCGCUCUCCGCAGACUGUCAGUUCUAUGAGGUUUCAGCUGCUGAGAACUACCACAGCGUCCUCGUGGUUUUUCAUGGGCUGGUGGAUCGUAUCAGAGAGUUAAGGAUGUCUGUGAAGAAGUUAGCAGGCAUCAAGGGCAUUGUGAAGAGCAUGUCUGCUGUGUUUGCCCGCAGGCGAACCGAUUCGCUCUGAAGCUGAUGGGAGACCUGGCGAUGAAGCUUAUGUGGUCUGAUGCGACCUGUUUAAGGCAAUGAGAGGGACUCACAAGUUGUGCUUAACCCAUUGUUGGCACAAGCUUGCACGACAGUCCAGAAUAUCUCAUGUGACUACAGCUGGGCCUUACAAGUGGGCAGCUACCAGAGGAGUGUUGUUCAGGGAAUUUAAGACCUAGUGUGUCUUGUAAAGUGAUGGCAGUUCGUUUUUAAUAACAUUCUAAAUCUGCAAACUAUUUCAUGCAAAAUUGGAGGAUAUGUAGCACUGUAUUUUUGCUUUGAGCAGAAAAGAUGGCAACUGUGGCGGCUUGCGACUGCUCUUCCCUUGGGGUGCAAAUUCAAAAUAGGUGUUUGGAGUGUAAUGUGUGUUGCUUGUGCAUCACGUGUUUUGUCAAAAUAAGUGCCUGCUGUACACACGUCAAAAUAGUUUAUAAUAAAAGAGACGCUCACGUUCACAAAAUACACGUAAGACACUCCCUUAACAGUAAACUCUGAGUAAGCAUGAGAUUAUGCGAGUAUCUGGCAAACGCGAGCGUCUCUUUUAUCAUUAACACUUUAAAUGCAUCUGCAGCAGGCACUUAUUUUAACAAGACACAUGAUGCACAUAGGUUCACUCGAUGCACUGAACACAUUUUUUGAAAUUACGAACCACACACAUGAUGGGCUACAUACAUGUUGUGACAAACUUCACAUCAUGCGCCCUCGAAAAAAUAAGUCACCGGCUGCCACUGCAUGGCAAUGCUUUGCAAAUACAGAGGUGAUGGUGAUGGUUGCAAAAGCUGGUAAACAUUGGUGCAUGUUUAUUUUGUGAGUCAUUGCUACUCUGCUGACGUGCUUUGGUCUAAAAAUGUAAGAAGCAGAAGCAAUAAAACAUUGUCUUUUGCAACAUUUAUCAAACACAGCAAGUCUGCCACACUAGAAAUAUUGUAUCAUCAUCCAGCUGUCAGUAGUUCAAGGUCAUGUUGCAGUUAAAUAACAAUGGAUUGUUUAAAGAUACAGUACUGCAUUAACCAUAUACAUGCACUUCAAUUUACAUGACAUCAUAGUACUGUACAGCUUAUCCUCCGAGGCUGUGCAAGUGCUUUAUAAUGCAGAAUGUCCAUGUGUAUUGAUUUCUUGACAACGCAAUGUUUAAAACUUCAAUAAACCAAACAUCCUACAAUAAACUAAACAUAAUGAAGAGUUCCUAUG